AUGAGAGUUUCCGCAUUUAACAGUUGUAGCUUACGCGGUUUCAAGCGGUCCCGCGUUUCGAGUGAAGAAAAUGAGAAUGACUUUGGUGGAAACUUGAAGAGUCAAGAGUUUUAUCUUGGCAAGGACGGGGACACGACAGAGAGGGCAGUAGAAAAAGAACUAAAGAAAAUGAGAUUAGAUUUGGAGCAGGAUAGUUCGAGAGAUUUCACCUACCAAAAUUCAAAUUCUGAAUCCUCUUCUCCAAAAACCCCCUCAUCUCAUUCUCCUUUUAACGCCAUUGAAAGCUCUACUCAAAAUUCCUAUCAUGAUCACUUUCAUUUCACCCAAGAACAAAAACCCCAAUCUUCACAUCAACAACCUAAUAAUUCACAUAAAUCCAACCAUCAUCCACUUCGCAUAUCGACAAGAUCUGACGCAUAUUCUUCCCUUGAUGCUGAAUUUAACCCUUAUGCUAAUAUUAAUUCUCUACUAUACCUUGCAAAUUUGACACGAAGCUCGCAUAUUAUAAAUGAAUUGCAGGGAGAACUCGGCAAUAUGGACAUAGAUGGGAGAGGCUUGGUUGGAAUGAGUGAUGAAGGUUCAGAUAUCCAUGAUUCGAGACAAAAUUAUUCUAAUUAUAACAGCCGCGAUAGCCUUUCAGUUCAUUUACCAUCUAUUUCCGA